AUGUUUUUGUUAUUUGUUGUUUUAUUGAAGGUAGCCGUAUUUUUGUUGGCUAUUCGUUAUUAUUAUCUUACAAAUGUUGCGUCGGCAGUUCAUAUCCGACGGAGGAAGCCAGUGAAGACGUUGAUUGUACUCGGAUCGGGCGGUCAUACGGCUGAGAUGAUGACAAUUGUCAAACAACUCAAUAAGAAAAACUAUUCACCGAGAUAUUAUAUUUUAGCUAGCACCGAUUCCACCAGCGAGUCGAAGGUAUUGGAUUUUGAAGAGCCAACCACAUCGAAAAAUGACUAUGAAAUAUUCCGUAUCAAGAGAAGUCGUCAUGUUGGACAAAGCUAUUUGACGUCAGUGUUCACAACAAUUCAAUCCAUUUGGCAGUGUAUCCCAUUGAUUUAUCAAGUACAACCCGAUUUGGUGCUGUGCAAUGGGCCUGGCACCUGUGUUCCCAUCUGUUUGAUUGCAUUCAUGCUGAAAGUCAUUGGCGCAAUUAACGUCCAAUGUAAAAUUGUAUUCAUCGAAAGCUUUUGCCGUGUUAAAACCGUCUCAUUGAGUGGCAAGAUACUCGUUUGGAUCUCCGAUUCUUUCGUCGUUCAAUGGCCACAGCUCGUAAAUUUCUCACCGAAAACCAAAUAUUUUGGACGGCUUUUUUGAAGCGAAACGAAAUUAGAAGAGAAAAAGAUUUUUAAUGAAUUGUAAAUUCUUAAGUGCACUGAUUUAGUUCUCUAAGCUUCAUUCCCAAAGAUUAUUCAAUAAAAAUCAAAAAAUUUGUUCAUAUGCAAAA